AUGUACGUUGUUAAGGAUGACUUUCCGAUAGAAUAUGACGGAAUACUAGGAGUUGAUUUUCUACGAAAACAUCAAGCCACUUGCAAUUAUAAAACAAAACAAUUAAAGGUAGGACAGCAUAUCUUACAGCUUUACCCCUAUCUAAAAAUGAUGUUGAAACCACGUAGCGAAACUAUAAUACAGGUCGCUACUGAUAAGAACACGAUAGGCGUGAUAAAGGCAGAAGAAACAAUACCAGGAAUAUUUAUAGGUAAUUGCCUAGUAGAACCUACGAAUUACAUAUGUGCAGCAAGCAUUCUAAAUACAACGGAUAACAUAAUCGAAAUGUUAAUGCCGCAAGUAAGUGUAGAGGAAAUCGAACGAAGUGAAACAGAAGAAAUUAACGUAAUACGAACGCCAAAUAAAAAGGAUCUACGAAAAGAAGUGACAUACUUAGGUCAUAUAAUUACAGAAAACGGAAUAUUGCCGGAUCCAACCAAAUUAGAAGCCGUAAGAAAUUUUCCGACGCCUAGGAAAGUAAAAGAUAUUAAAGCUUUUAUAGGAUUAGCCGGAUAUUAUAGAAAAUUUAUUGAAAAUUUCUCUAAAAUCGCGAAACCACUAACGAAGUUAACCAAAAAGGAAAAUAAAUUUGAGUGGACGCAAGAACAACAACAAGCAUUUGAAAUGCUUAAAGAAAAAUUAACAACGGCACCUUUACUAAAAUAUCCAGAUUUCGAAAAAGAAUUUAUUCGUAACGACCGAUGCAUCAGAUUAUGCAAUCGGAGCGAUAAAUAG